AUGAAUUCUGUGAACAAAUUCUUGCAUUUUAUACUUCAUUUAAUAUUAUUUUACAUAUAUAUUACCGACUGUUUCAGUGAUAACCCAAUUAAGAGAUCAGCAAAUAAUUAUAAUAUUAAUGAAAUAACUGACUUUCGGUACGACUCGUGUCGUAUCGAUGCCAUCACACGACUACCUAAUAAUACAUUGAUUGUCGUCAGUAACGGAUAUUAUUGGGUACUCAAUGAAUGGCAAAUCCCGCGACAAUAUAAUGUUGCGGGACGUGUGACACAACUUUUUCCGAAGUUUAAGACAAUUGAUGCCAUAUUUACCGAUCCAAUCAACGAAGUGGAUCCCAAAAUAUUUCUUGUGUCUCAUUCGAGGAAAGGCCUACGCGUCGCGUGUCAGGAGUUUGACGGACAGUACGACACUCGCAAUACAUUUUGUCAUUUGCCAGUCAAUAAGCAAUGGUAUUCAGCAUUUAAAGAUCUGGACCUAACUGUGCCGAUAGACUCGGCCACGUGGAGGAACAGAUCCAAAGAUAAGGACGAAGGCUUUUGGGUCUUCUUUCAAGGCAAAAAGAUGUCAGUUAUAGAUCCGUAUAAAAUGGAUCUCCGAUUUUCUUAUGAUAUCCAGAAAUGGAUGAAAAUCAAUGAUACAAUUACUGCCACUUAUUAUGAUUACCGAAGUCAUAGUUUUCAUUUAUUUUUCAAUAAUAAUAAGUAUCACAUUUGGAAAGUGAAUGUCCCGCUAAUGAACUCAUUGCCAAUGGGAUGGGAUAGGGCUUUCCUUCACGGGUCACUCAGCGAACCACUGAAAAUCAAUAGGGAUUUCUUUAAAUUGAAUGAACGAGAUCUCAGAAAUUACAAUCAGCCGUAUUUCCAACAAGAAGUACUUAAUCUCAAUGACGAUCAUCUCAUCGAUGACUACGACAGCAGUACUGCUAAUGUUGUCAACAGUAAAGACACUAAUGAAGAGUUAGAGGAAAAAUUAGAAAAUAGUUUAGAAGAUAAUAGUAAUAAUAGACGAGAAUUACAGUUAAUUACAGAAAUGGAAAAACAUUUAGACAACGAUAACAAUAAAGUCGACAAUAAAUUCAAUGUCUUUAAUAACAAUCAAUUUCAACAGUCAGACGAAGCGCCGCCCGGCAAAACAAAUUUUAUUAUACGUUAA